AUGGCCACUGCCUCGUUAGCAUCGCGAUCGCCGGGCGGCAAUUCCCGCUCGACGCCAUUCGCGGCUCGCUCACAGCUUCUAUCUUUAGGCGUCUCCAGACGACUCAAAUACGCAAAUGCCCAAGACCUCCCUAGCUAUCCUUCCCCCGGACUGAAAGCAGGCGACGCGGCUGCGAGCGCUGCUGCUUCUCUAGGGUGGGCACACGCUACUGCUAAUGCCGAUGCUUCGCUGAGCCCGUCUCUUGGGUCAUCUGACUUGACCACGUCCGGAUCCCAGACCGCCCUUCUUGCCGCUGGCUGGGCGCAACGACAUAAGAAACAGCAACCCACGCCUCCAUCCACCUGGGGAUCUUCGGCCGCAAACCUGGCCUUCCAAGCAAGAAAAUCCCCCCAGCGCGAGUCGCAGGGCCCUACAAGGCGGAACUCAGUGCGUGCGGCCAAAGGGAGCGUAAUUGGUAGGCGGCCGAGGGCGAGGUCUUCCCCCGAUCUACCCGCGGAAACAUAUCCAGACCAAGCCAACGCCAAGGCGAACGCCAUGAGCGCCGCCACAAUUGCCCAUCGGCCAUCCAUGCGCCAAAGAACCCUCUCGGCCAACGAGGUGGGCGCCGUGCCUUAUACCACCAUGGACCGGGAUAUGUUCACUUCCCAUCCUCCAGUCAAGCCGGAAACAGACGAGCAGAGACGUGCCCAAGUUCUGCAUGCUUCAGCUCUGGCAAUGGCAAAGAGCAUGUAUGACCAGCAGCAGAAGAUGAUCGACAAGUCGGCCCGCGCCCACGCGCGCUCCAUGUCUUUGCCGGGCCAUGACGAAAGUAUGGUAUCGAGCCCGGAGCUAGACCACCAAGUCCCAGCGGUAGCAGGGAACAGCCUCCAAGAAGCGGCUUACCGGCUCGCCCAAGAGCGCCUUAGCAAGCUUCAAGAAGAACACCAGAAGCACCGGGAUCUCCAGGAUUAUUACGGCUCGCCAAGGACCCCGCAACGAACCAAAUUUGGCACCAUCAAGGGCAAGCUGACUAGGAAACGCUCUUCCAGUGACGGAGACCUACUGCAAGACCGGCGGCGUUCGGCGCAGAUACGAAGACAAACGUCAUUGUUGAACAACAAGAUGGCAGAGGUAGACGAGGAGAAACGAGCCGCAGACCAGGCGACGCUGCUUGCUACCGCCCAACGCAACGUAAAGGCCCAGCUGCAGGACAUGGACGAGAAACUGCAAUCCGAGAACGGCAAUGUGCCCGGAACUAGCAUGGGCGACUGGGAGAGGAAGGCGCGCGUGGCUGCGCAAGCGAGAGUCGUUGCCGCCGGUACCGCCGACGUUGGGAAAAUCGACAUUGGGGGCGGGAAGUUUAUGGACAAGUCAGAAGUAGAAAAGAUCGCCGCUACCAAAGUCCAACCGCUCCUAGAUAGGAUUAACGAGACGGCCGAGAAGGAGAGAGAACGAAGAGAGCAGGAAAGACUCGAAGAGGAAAGGCGGAAAGAGCAGGCCGAAAUAGACAGGAGGAGAGAAUUGGAGGUUCAGGAAAUUCACCUGAAGCUCAAAGAAACCCAACGGGAAGAUGAGAAAGCCCGCAGAUCUGAAAUCAAGCACGAGGACAAGCUCCGAAAGGAGGAAGCGAAAGCGAUCAAAGCCGAGCGAAAGCAGGCCGCCAGGGAAAAGAAGCAGAAACAGAAGCAGAAGGACGCGAUCCUCCCAUCAUCUACAGCCUCAAAUUCAGACGAAAGGCCAACCACCGCGCCGUCCCAAGAAACCGAGACCAAACGAUUGUCCGGCAUUGGCGGUCAUGUCCGCGCCCUGUCAGCCAUCACAUUCUCCAGACGUCCGCCCAAGCAAGAAACGUUGGCCGCAGAGUCAACGUUUAUCCCUGCCUCACCAGGUUCGACGUCGGCCCCAUUUGUCCAAUCCCAGCCCUCGCAAACACAAAAAGUCCGCGCCUGGCUGUUCUCCCGUCUGCCGAAUAGGAACAGGUCGAAACCGUCGGCGGCCGGGGUUGGGAAAGACGAUUCUGCAAGGCCCAAUAACGCCAACGACAAUGAUGCCGGUGACCAAAACAGGAGAGGUUUCAUAGGUGGAGUGGCCCUGGCCCGUCUGGAGCGGGGCCACGGGACGGGUAAGGGGAAGGGGCAAAGAGAUGGUGAUGGGGAUAGCAGUGAUGUUGCGAGCUCCACCAGUCUGAGCAGCGUGGCGGGACGGGGCGACAGUAUGCGCGGGGUGGAUAUGGCUGGUCGCCGCGGGGAGGGAAAUAUGGAUGAUGAUGACGAGCGCCGUGCUGUCUCGUCGAGGGAAAGGUUUGAUGAACAAGGGGACCAGAAGGAGGAAGAUGGGGGCGUGGGGAGGGCAGGGGAGACUGGUAGCUUGGGGAACGUGAGCGAGGGGGCGAGUAGCAGUGGGGAUGAACAGUUUGUUGAGGCGCGGAGCGAGCCCGAAAGCUCGCCUUCGCCGUCUCCCCAGCCCCAGCCCCAGCCCCAGCCGGUGCUGCGAACGAGGGUUGCGGCUCUGUCGGCGCCGGGGGCGACUGGGACGGCUAAUCCCGUACGGUGGUCUAGGUUCUCGGAGAUUUUGGAGUAGAGGCGUCGUUGUCUGGAUUGCGUCAUAUGAGGGUAUACUUGUACGAGGCAUGAGUAAGUGUAUGAUAUGAUGGGCAUUCAACGGGCUCGGCGCAUUGACGGAGUUCGCAUAUCUAUUCUCCAUGAGAGCGAAGAAUUGUUGUCUUUUGGGAUAUAACCUGAAUAGGAUAUGGUUAGAUAUUUCCUGUUCAGAGAUUGGAUCAUUGGGAUCUGGAUUGACCAAGUCA